AGUUAACUUAGCUGGCUAAUUGACCAGCUUGUCGCUCGUAUGUGAUUUGUCGUUUACGUUUUUGUGGUAACCUUAGACAGCUGGCUAGCCAGGUGGAGAACAAUGAUUGUUCGGAAGCCUGUCAUGUGAAAUCUUGAAAGGGUUCAAAUGGGGGUGGGGGAGCAAGAUAAAUGGUAUAAUUAGCUUUGUAGCUCCAUACAUUCGCGUUUGAUGUUUAUUGCCGCUACUGAUGUGUUCGUGAUCCGCACCUAAACAAUGUCCCUUUAUUCUAUCAUAUUGCUUGAGGAAUAGUUUUGCUCCAUGCCGACCGCUGCAGCAGUAUCCAGUGAGGGAGACGGCCCCAUGCUUUCAUCCUCGCCGAUAUACGGGAUGAAAGUCCGAAGUUGUAGUCAUCCUCAACAUCGAGCCACAGCAGACGCCAUGUGCAAAGAUUUAACGUCAUGGCACUUCCUUCUAAUCGCUGCCUGGGAAGCUGUUUACAAAAAUGCCCUCAGCGAUGAUUGGCAACAGGACUGUUCAGUCCUCAAGCCCGGACAUGGGGUCCGCUCCUGGAUCAUUGGGUCAGUUUACCAUCAGUGGUCAAUCUUCUGCAGCCCAGACUGAAGCCAUGAAGCAAGUGUUGGGAGUCAUCGAUAAGAAGGUUCGCAACAUGGAAAAGAAAAAGAGCAAACUGGAUGAUUACCAGGCGAAGAAGAACAAGGGAGAGCAUCUCAACCAGGAUCAGCUGGAGGCCUUGUCCAAGUUUCAGGAAGUGGCAAAUAACCUAGAGUUUGCUCGGGAGCUGCAGAAGAGCUUCCUGGCUCUGGGUCAAGAUAUCCAGAAGACAGUAAAGAAGGCGGCACGGCGGGAGCAGCUGCAGAGGGAGGAGGCAGAGCAGAAGCGGCUGAAGAUGGUGCUGGAGCUGCAGUUCCUCCUAGAGAGGCUGGGGGAGGACAGCGUGCGGCAGGAGCUGAAGCACGGCGUCAGUGGCUCUCCUCUGCUUACAGAUGCUGACCUCGCUGUCCUCAGUGACUUCUACAAGCUGGUGAUGCCAGAGAGGGACCAAAAUGUCAGGCUGGCUGAGCAGUAUGAGCAGGUGUCCCAACACUUCCUGGAGCUCCUGGAGGGGAAAGACAAGGCAGUGGCAGGAACCACAUACAAAGCCCUGAAGGAGAUGCUUGAUAAGGUGCUACAGAGUGGGUACUUUGACAAAGCCCACACCCACCAGAACGGAGUUUGUGAGCAGGAGGAGCAGCAGCUGGUGGCAGCUCAGUCGCCCGAGGCAGAGGAGCGGCCCACGCAGCCAGAAAGUGAAGCUACUGAAGAAUACACAGAGUCAAUUGAAGUAGAAGCCACAGAGUUCGUAAACAGACAGUUCAUUCCAGAAGUCUCCUACAGCAGUGACAAAGAACAAAGAGAUGACUGGAGCACGGAAACAGAGGUGGUCAGUGCCGUCCAGCAGCAUCAACUGCCCACCCAAUCAGCCCCUCCCCCUGUGUCCUCUGAGCCCCACCCAUUGAACCCUGUGGCCUCUGUAUCUCCUGUAGACCCUGUGGUCAGGAAGCAGGCAGUGCAGGACCUCAUGGCACAAAUGCAGGGGCCUUACAACUUCAUGCAGGACUCCAUGCUGGAGUUUGACAGCCAGACCUUGGACCCUGCCAUCGUUUCUGCUCAGCCCAUGAAAGCCGCUCAGAACGUGGACCUUCCACAGAUGGUGUGCCCUCCAGUUCACCCGGACUCCCGACUGACACAACCCAGUACUGUUCCUGUACAACCAGAAUCUACACAUGUUCCCAUGGCUUCUCCCACACCUGAAGCAUUCUCCUCUACACCACCUCUUUAUCAGACCUCACACACUACAGACCCCCGACCUCAGACAGACCCCAUUGACCCCAUUCAGGCUUCCAUGGCCCUGUCGUCAGAGCAGCCCCCUGCCUCCUCAUCCCUGCCCACCGUCUCACAGCCCCAGGUGUUCCAGCCUGUGUCCAAGCCCAUACAUAGCAGCGGCAUCAAUGUCAACGCAGCCCCCUUCCAGUCCAUGCAGACGGUGUUCAAUCUGAAUGCCCCUGUUCCACCGGCCAAUGAGGCAGACUCCUUGAAGCAGCCCAGCCAGUACCAGAGCAGCUAUAGCCAAGGCUUCGGCAGCCAGACACAGCACGUGGUGGACCAGCCUGAUAUGCAGCAGGAGCAGCUGCAGUCUGUUGUCGGUGCCUUCCAUGCACAAGACCAAACCAUAUCCAGCACAGGGAGCCACCAGUCCCCACAGCAGGGCUCUGGCUUCAGCAGGCCAGGGCAGUCCUUCUACAACAGCAGGGCCAUGCCCCGUGGUGGGCCCAGGAACUCCCGCGGCAUGCUCAGUGGCUACAGAGGAUCCUCCAACGGGUUCAGAGGUGGAUAUGAUGGUUACCGCCCUCCUUUCUCCAGCACUCCCAACACUGGUUAUGGACAGCCCCAGUUCAGCACACCUCGCGACUACUCCAACAACAGCUACCAGCGGGAUGGGUACCAACAGAACUACAAGCGUGGAGCUGGCCAGGGACCUCGAGGUUGCUCUCGAGGUCGAGGGGGACCAUUCAGAUCCAACAGGGGGAUGUCCCAUAUGACAGCGCAGCAGGCCAACUAACCCACAUUUCCCUCAAAGCACCAAUGGCUAUCCAGUACCCUCUGCUGCACCCAACACCAGGCACUUCC